CUGUCUCUAGUUUGGGGUGAAAAUCUUAUGACACCUCGUUAUCAGGAAAUUCUCACUUAUUAAGGAAUAUUGUUAUUUCCAUAAUGAUACUUGUAGAAAGAAAGGAAUAAGAUGCCGGCCAGCACUGCUGUUCCAAUAUUUGAAGUUCUCCGAAGUAAGCCGAAGGGUCUACCGGAGGUCGGUCAACAAUUCAAUACUGUACACCAGGAGACGCACGAUGUCAGUGAAACCCCCUACAGAUUGCCAAAAAUGCAAAGUAAAACACGAAAGCCUAAACAACAGAUGCAUAGUCUCUGGAGCAAACAUGAAUUUAACAGACAAACGCACGGCGACUUUCAGAUCAGGCCGUCUCAUUUGAUGAUGCCUCCACGGACAGUGGCCAAGUACUAUCAGCUUGGAGUGUACAAUCCUGUGAUGCAUAUAGCUGGCAUAGUUCCCGUCGACAAAGACGAGUCAACUCUAGUCGCGCAUGAUGACGAUCAAGCUUUUUACAAAAAACAAAAAGCACCUUAUGGACCAUAUGAGUAUGCAGUUAAUACAGAAGCUAGGCGUGAUGAGAUAUACGGGGGACCGUCCCCCAGUCCUAUUCUCAGGGAGAGGAGUCCACGAAAUAGCAUCCAUUGGGGCCUGGGGCUCGGCAUUAAACAGGAGUUUGAUAUUCAGGGUGCUUCAGGGAGACAAGGUCCAUUUUCUCGAGAGUUCCAGACAAAAUGCCCGACACCUGCGAACUGGCUACGUAUGAAAUACAACAACAGAUCUAAAACGAUAUGGUGGUGACAUCUUUAGUUUGAAAAUGAACACUUAAAUAAAGGUCAUGGGGAUUCUCGAGGAGACCCAUGCUACGGUUCGGACCAUAGCUC